AUGAAGCGGGACUGCCCGUACAUUAAGGAGCCUGGCAGAAAUGAAGAGGACUCUGUUUUCGCUGCCGGGGAGAGUCGAUCAUCAGGGUGGAUGAUCGACAGUGGUGCAACGGCACACAUGACGCCGCACCGAGAAGACUUGUUCGACUACAAAAACCUAAUGACAAGCAUUGAGGUGACCAUCGCGGAUGGAAAGAAGAUCCGCGUUUUCCACAUCCCUGGCCUGGAUCGACGACUACUAUCGGUCGGCAAGCUUGCAGAACGCGGACUCAAUGUUGAGUUCGAGCGCACAUCAUGUAUCAUUUGGAACAAAAACCAAGCCACCGCCUCGGGGAAAAAGGUUGGCAAGGCCUACAUACUAGAAUGUCAGCAGGAAACGGCGCAAUACGUGGAAUAUUCGGACGUCGAUAGCAAUUAUGAUCUUUGGCACGCUCGUAUGGGUCACUUGAACAAGGACGCGCUGGAAAAGACGCAGCGUGUGACGACUGGUAUUCCAAUUAACAAUUUCAAGACGAAGGCGCUAUGCACUGGAUGCUUGAAAGUCAAGCAAACGGUGACACAAUUCCCAUCUCAUUCACAGACGAAGACGUCCCGUAUUCUGGAAGUUGUGCACACGGACGUAAUGGGACCGAUGAAGACGAGAUCGAAAGGUGGCGCAAAGUAUGUGCUUACCUUCGUUGACGACUACUCGAAGUACGUUGUGGCAUACUUCCUUAAGAAGGAGAGCGAAGUGCCGAGAAGAUUUAAGUCUUUUAAGACCAUGUACGAGAAUCAGUGGGGAGAGCGCAUCAAGUGUCUACGCUCUGACAACGGCACUGAGUUUGUAAACAAGGCCAUGGAUGGAAUUUGUCAGCGUAACGGAAUUGUUCAUCAAAAGACUGUGCCAUCCAGCCCUCAACAAAAUGGAGUGGCUGAGCGGAUGAACCGAACGAUUAUGGAGAAGGCACGGAGCAUGAUGCACUACAAGGGUGUAUCUCCUUCCUGGCGGGCAGAGGCAAUUAGCACGGCAGUGUACUUAAUUAACCGGACAACAAACAGCACACACACUGACGCGACUCCAUACGCGAUUGGAUUUAAGAUGAAGCCUCGACUAGACCACUUGCGAGUGUUUGGAUCAAUUGGUUAUGCUCAUGUCGACGACGCUAAGCGCACCAAGCUCGAGCCAAAAAGCUUCAAGUGUAUGUUCCUUGGCUAUGGGGACAAUACGAAGGGCUAUUGUGGUGAAGUGCUAAUUUUGUGA